AGGGUGACAGAAGUCAGCGUGUUUGGUUUGUAAUGACGGCCGUAGAUGGCAGCGGACAAGCCUCGUGUCGGCGAGAUCCGAUACGGACACUGUUGCCGCAAACAGUGAUACGCUUUCACCUGUCGUCGUGAUGUCAACGCUGUACCUCCUCUACAGGCAAAUUUUGCUAACCUGGCUACUUCGUGUGGUUUCUUCAGUGUGUCAUCUGAACAAAUUCGUGCCACAUCUUGGAGCAAUAUUAAAGUUGUCUCAUCGGCCAUAAGUGGCCAGCACUUUGCGUUAUUAUAAUAAUUUCCUGACAUUUUCCCCAAAAUGGCCUCCUGCUCAUCGGUUGGAGAUAAUCAACUGCAGAGGAUAAUCAGAGAUCUGCAUGAUGCUGUGUUGGAGUUGAGUAAAGAACACAGGGAGUGUGGUGAACCCAUAACUGAUGACAGCGCCAACCUGCACAAGUUCUUCUAUAAACUAGAAUACCUGCUACAGUUUGACCAGAAAGAGAAGACAACCUUUCUUGGCCAGAGGAAAGACUACUGGGAUUACUUCUGUGAAUGCCUGAUUAAGAUCAAGGGAGCUAACGAUGGCAUCCGUUUUGUUAAGUCCAUCCCUGAGUUGAAGACAUCGCUGGGGAAAGGAAGGGCGUUCAUCCGCUACUCACUCGUUCACCAACGCCUUGCAGACACGCUGCAGCAGUGUCUUAUAAACCAGAAGGUCACAAGUGACUGGUAUUAUGCCCGGAGUCCAUUCCUCAAGUCUCACCUCACUGCUGACAUAAUCAACCAUCUUUACGAGCUCAACCAGAUCCAAUUUGAUGUGGCAGCUAGAGGUUACGACCUUGAUGCAGAUUGGCCCGCCUUUGCAAGGCGUACAUUAGGCACAGCCUCACCAGCUUUCCUGUGGAAGCCUCCUAGUCGCUGCUCCAGCAUCAACAGUCUGGUUAGCAGCUAUUCACAAUCACAGGCGCAGGAAUUUCUUCCAAUUCCAGACUUGAGUCACAGUCUCCUUGGUGAACUGGGUGAACUGGGGGAGCCCUCUCCUUGCAGCAUUGCAGAGAAUCUCCGCGUUGAGCUCGACCAGUCUGAGCUCAGACAGCAGGAGCUUCUGGUACAGGUUCAGGAGUUAGGCAAAGAGGCUGCUGAGCUGAAAGGUGUUGUUAAAGACCUUCAAGGAGAGCUAGCAGCUCAGAAGUCCUCUUGUCACUCAGUAUCAACAGAAACCCAAAGUAACCAAGAAGCAGGUAAUCAGGAGAGAGCAAAUCACCUUCACACCUGUAGAGAAGCAAUAAACAGUGAACUUCAAGACAGACUCACAGCUGCUGAGAACAAAAAUAUGGAGCUUCUCUCUAAGUUGGAUGAAGCUCUUAAAGAAAAGGGCCAACAAACAGCAAGCUACUGUGACUCAGCAUGGAAGAUCCAGGAACUCCUGGAUAAACUUAAGGCAGCAGAGGCGGAGAGGCUGGAGGCAAAGAGAGAGGCUGAAGACAGGGCAAGGCACUCUGAGCGUCUAUCACAGGAACUCAAACUGAAGGACGAAGAGUUGAAAAACAGUGAGGAGAAACUAGCUGAAGUAAAAGCUGGAGCCCAUGACGAACGGGAGGAGGCGCUUAAACGGUUGGAGGAGCUCCAAGGCGUCGUCGGUCGAAUUCAGGGUGCGUUGAGCUUGAAAGAGAAGGAGACGGGUAACCUCAGAGCCCAGCUUCAGGAUCUACAAGCAUCCCUCGAGUGCAGAGAACGACAGGCAGAGGAACUAAAGAAAAGACUGCAGGAAGAGAGGGAGGAGGUAGAGCAGAGGUGUAGCAUGAGUAGUAGCCAGAAUGAGGAAUUUGAGGUUCUGGAUUUAAGAAAAACUCUAAAGAACAGAGAGAAAGAGCUAGCUGUUAGUUCAGAGAGAAUAAAACACUUAGAGGAGCAAGUGGAGAAGCUAAAUGUUGAGAAAGAAAGUCUGAGCUCUAGACUUACUGAUAAUGAAGUCACUUCCUGUGAUCAAACUGAGAACACUGAGGACUACAAAACUCAAUGCAGCAGUCUCAUGGAAAUAAACACCAAGCUACUCCAAACAGUAAAGAAGAGUGAGGAGAGCAUUACAGAGCUGACAGAGAGCAGGACAGCCUUGUUAGAUCAGCUAGCUUCUUUGAGGGCUUCUGAGAAGCACUUAAAAGGUAGAGUAGAGGCUGCAAAUAUGUGUGUGGAGGCCCGGGAAAAGAAGCUUCUAGAUGAAAACCUGCAUUUGGAGGAUACUGUUCAGAAGGCACUUGUCCAGAAGGAAGUGUCAGAUGCUCAAUUAAAGAAGCUAGAGCAUGAGAACAGGGAACUUCUUGAGGUUCAGCUAUUGUUGAAGAAACAGUUAGCAAGAACGCAACAGGAUUUGGAUUCACUCACCACCAAAGCUGCAAAGUUGGACAAGAACCUUACAGUGUCCCAAAGAAGCCAAGCAGAGUUACUUGAAAAACUCCAGGAAACUGAGACUAAACUCAGAGACCAAACUGUUAAAUGUGGGCUUCUGCAGGCUCGAGCAGAGGAACUGGAGAGCAGGACCGGAGAGCUGCAUGAUGAAAAGGGAGCUGCGGAGAGCAAUGAAAAAAUGCAGAAGCUUCAUGAUGAGCACCAGAGUUCCUCACUGGAAACCAAAGAGGCCCCGUUCAGGCUGGUGAUAGCUGAGGCUCAACUGGAGCUCAACCUACGGGAGGUGCGCCGACUCCGGGAAGAGGUGGUGGAGCUCAGGGCUCAGCUUCUAGCCGGAACUGAGGAGAGGAUGAAAGUACAGGCCCUGCAGGAGGUGACAGAGGCCUCCAGAGAGGACCUGCGUGUUUUAGCAGAACAACUCAGGGCCCAGGUGGAGGAGCUAAACCGCCGGCAUGUGGAUGAGAUUCUUCGCUCCCGGGAGCGAGAAGAGGCUCUUAUCCGUGAACGAGACGGUGAGGCUCAGGCUCGAGCAGGUCUGGCUGCGGAGGUGAUUGCCUCCAGAGAGGAGCUAAAUAAACUGAAGCUGCGAUACGAAACCUUGUGUUUAGAGAACAGUGAAUCGAGGGAGGCGCUCCAUAGAGCCAACACCGAAACAGCUGAGCUCGGUGUACAUGUUUGUAUGCUAACCGCUGAGAACGAAGAGGCCCGUCUGCGCUGGGAGGGCCUAUCAACAAGGAUGCAAGAGCUGGAGGACGAGGCAUCUCAGGAGGCCGAGAGGCUGAGUAGCUGCAUGGAGGAGUUGCGACAAGAGAACCAACAACUCCUCAAUCAGCUCCAUAAUGAGGGUCUGUUGGCAACCAAGCAGGAGCCUCAGAAGCUGAGCAAGGCCCAACAGGAUGUUGAUACUGUGCAGGAGACAAACCAGGGGGAGAUCCAGGCACUCCGCUUCCAGCUGACCGGCCAAGCCAUGAGCUAUGUUAGCCAGCUCGAGAGUGUGAACCAAGAGUUACAGGAAGUGAGAUUACAGCUGAGGACUGAGCAGGACAAAGUGGUUGAUCUGGAGAAGGAACUCAGAGAGCUCAAGGCUGAGAAUCAGAGAUAUUGCCAACAGAUUGAGGAGAAAAACAUCCAGAUGGCCAAGUCUGAAAAUAUCAUCCAGCAGAAAGAAGACGAGAUAAUCCAUCUGAAGGGGAAUUUAUCAAGGUCUGAGGAGGGUCUAGCAGCAGCUCAGCGGACCUGUCAGGAGAUGAGUGAAAAUCUUCGGAGAGUCACACAGGACAAACACAGCUUUGAUCUUAAGACGGCUGCUGAACUCGAUGACCUCUACCGCACCAAAAUCAAUUUGGAAGAAAGACUUGUAGAACUCAUCAGGGAGAAAGAUGCACUUUGGCAGAAGACAGAUGCCCUGGAGUUUGAGCAGAAACUGCGGGAUGAGGAGACGGAGAGAGACGUGAACUACUGUCUGGGCUGUCACAGUCAGUUCAGCUGGUGGCUUCGCAAGUACAACUGCAGACUGUGUGGGCGUCCCUUCUGCUACUACUGCUGCAGCAACACAGUUAGCACCCAACAGGGCGGCAACAGAGAGCGCUGCUGCAGGGACUGUUAUAACCAGCACAGUGCGGUAGUGGAGCGCCACCCACAGGAGGAAGUGACUAACAGCACACCGGGGACACCUUUCAGCCGUUUGCUGCAGGCUGGGAGAGCGGUGACUGGUGUCUCAGGAACAGAUGAAGGUUACAAACAGGACGAUGGUGUUUUUGACAUCAUCACAGAGGAAGAAGUGAGCGGGGUCAGUGACUCCCUCUCUUUUGCCACUGCCUGCUCUCCUGGACAUGGACAGCAGGGGGCAGCACAACUAAACAGCAGUGCCAGUGCAGGAGACAUCACAUCAGAGGACACUGAGGACCUCAGUGCUGCAGUGCAGGAUGCAGAGAUUUGCCUGCUGAAGUCUGGAGAACUGACUCUUUCUGUACACUUCACCAUCAAUGAAAUCUCAGGGUUUGGGGACAGUUCCCGAGAGCUCUUCAUCAAGUCCAGCUGUUACAGCACCAUCCCCAUCACCAUGAGCAGUCCUGGUCCCACUGUUACCUGGACUUUCACCUCUGAACCCAAGAGCAUCGCCUUCAGUGUGGUCUACAGGGAGAGCACAGAGACGCCGCUGGAGCAGGCCAAGGUUUUGAUCCCACUGACUCGCUGUAACUCCCACAAAGAGACAAUCCAGGGGGAACUGAAAGUCAGGAACCCUGGAGAAUACACACUCAUCUUUGACAACUCCUUCUCCAGGUUCAUCUCAAAGAAAGUGCUGUAUCAUCUGAGUCUCGACAAGCCUGUGGUCUACGAUGGGACUGACCUCCUCUGAGCACGACGGGAAGGAGCAUAAGCAGGUGUAAAACUGACUUUUGAAACAUUCAUUCAGGGUCUCUACGCUCAUGUGCACGAUUUCAAGGCAACUGGGUCGGAGGCCACUGAGGUUCAUCGGCCUCACUGAAAGGUUCUGGCAUUUUAAAAACGUCUCUCUCAGCUUGCUGCUAGCUCACAUCAGAUGAAUUCUGAUCAUGGGAAAGCUGAAAAAAAGGCUAAAAAAACAAUGAAGUAAAACAAUGUUACACGAGUGAAUGUGAGCAUGCACUACCUUUUAUAAAAGCUUGACGUUGUAGUUUGAAUGUAGCAUUAAGGGUGUUUAGCUUCACUCGAUAAAUAGAGGUCUGUCGCAUAUUUGAAUGUGAAGAACUUGAACAUACAUUACAGGUUUGUCAACAUCUACAGGUGUAGGUUGUUUUUAAUGCAUCCCUGCAGAAGUAAAGUUUGUUUCAUCCUGAGGUUAAAUUGGUAAAUGAAGUUUUGUUCCCAUCAAUCGCCUCACCUGAAGACCACUGUUGUUAAAUUGGGAUGGCUUUCUCUCUGCACACAGACAAAUGUCCCACUGGGAGUGAGUGAAAUGGUUAAAAUCCUCUAUCACGGUGUGUGUAAUUCUGUGUUGUGAUAUCAGCAAUCCAUCAUGAUUUUAUUCUUUUCAAGGAAAAUCAGAGACACCGUUUAUGGAUAAAAGAACCAGACAGAAAUGUCUGAUUUUGACUUAUCAUGAGAAUUGAGUUCGUGUCAAAUCAAGGUACUUUCUCGCUACUUCAAAAAUAAUACGACACUCCAGUAUUGAUAUAAGUCAGUCCUGCUCAGUGAUUUUCAGCAUUUUUCACAAUGGUCUAAUACACCCAGAGAUGUUUAAGGGUGAGUUACCAUAAUCUCUGACGGCUGACGAAUAUAUUUUGUUAAUGAGACGUGACUACGGAGUUGAUUGAUGUUAAAAGUGUUGUGGGAAGUAAAGUUGAGGAGUUUGUGGUUCUCGGUAUUGACAACCUGAGAUAAAAUCCCAACUCAUGCAAAGAAUUUAUUGAGUAAAGUUUGUUUUAGUUGCAUAAACUAGUGUAAGUAGAAGAAUAUCACUAGAACCCUAGUUCUAGCUUUCAUAUUAACAGAAUUUGUUUUACUUUCUUUAAACAUACCAUUAACAAACCAUUUCAUCUAACCGACUCUUUAAAUGGGUGUUUAUGUUAUGUUAUGGGUGGAAAAGCUUAGUCCUCACACUAUCUGUGUCCAAAACAUGCACUGUAAUCUGUUGUGGGUGGAGAAACGUUCAUGCUUAUUUCACACAUCUAUAUGAUUGUUGCCUUUUCAGCUGUGAGAAAAAUUACAAGUUUUUAUUUUUUGCGUUGCAAUCAUGAUAAAGCUUAACUGGAAGAAGCAGGACUUCUGCAAAAGCUGCGGUUACCGACACAUCUUUCGCUUUUAACUGUCUUCACCAAACAGGCUUUAAUUCAGUGCGGGGUUUCCAAUGAUUGUAGAUGAAGAAAGAGAAGAAUGUGGUUUCUAUGCAUGUAAACACCAAGAAUGUGCACAUGCCUCCCCGACUUAACCCUCGAAGGGUUAAAAGAGGGAGCACAUAUCAAAACGCAAGCUUCAGUGCUUUAAAUAUUUAGCUUUUACUUUGACCUUAAUAUGUAUCAUCACUAAUGUUUUGACAAACAGUGACAAUUUGUCAUUAAAUUUAGCGAGGUUAUGAUCAUUUCAUAAGAUGCAUAAUGCCUUUAGAUGAAGAACUAACAUCUGUUUUGGAAAAACAAAGAAAAAAAUUGUACUUUUUAUUUAUAGACUGCUUUUUCUAGAUGGAAAGAGAUGUUUGUUUUUCAGUACAGUUCUUUACUGUUACUGUGUAAUGUUUUGCAGUGUGUCAAACAGAAAGGGGUUCGAAUCUCAGCAUUUAGGCUUCAAAUAAUACAAAUCCAAAAAUCAGUUUUCUACUUGAAGUUGUCCAAUGUGGACCUACUUGAAGAGUUAAAUGUUGAAAUUGAUCUUUUUUCAACCAAUAAUAUUCUAUUGAGUGUCUUAGAACUGAUCCUUUGAUUAUACUGACUUAAAUAUACUAAAACACUUGUUAAUUAUUUAACAGAGAAAUUCCAAAGUGUCUUCCAACAUUUUAAAACUAUUUUAUUACUUACAUUUUGAACAUAACUGACAUGAGGAAGACGUUUCCUUUCUAUAAGAAAUUCACUUUUUAUACAUAUUUAAGUAAGUUACAUUGCCAAAUAUAUUGGGGAAAACAUAUUAGUCUAUUUUAUUGUUUAAAGACAUUGCAGCACGACUGCGGUACAAUGCCCUUUUGAAAGGGCUUUUUGUCAGUCUGCAUCCCAUGAGCCUCUGUGCCAGCUGAUGAAUGGUUUACUUUUCCUUUGUAUCUAUUGAGUGUGUGAUUGUAGACGUUUACAGCUGGAUUUGCCGGAGGGAAGCUUUGACUCCCUGACUCUCUGACCUGUAAAUGAUUGUUGACAAUGUUUUAUUGAAAUGUCAUUUACAUACUAAAGGUUUAUAAUAGAAUGGAUUUAAGAUUUUGGACAAAUAAAUAAGG